AUGCUUGGAAAGACUGUACCUGCCAAGGACGAGCUAGAACGUGGACUUCAUAAUGUUGAGCAGAAAAAUGAGCUUAUGCUUCUCCAACUACAUAAUGUUCUUGUAGAUACCGCACCCACUGAUAUAUAUUCGCGACGACCUCCUGAACAGAAUGGCUUCGCAAGCGCGAGAAUGCUUUCAGACCAUACUUCUUGCGAAGUCCCAAGUGGAUGCAUCGUAGGACCACCUCAUUGUGUCUUUUAUUAUAGUCAUGAUGUAACAUUUUUUCGCACUGCGUUGCUAGAUAGUCCACCUGCUAAAUGGUCCACCGUCUUCACACGUUCAGCACAAUAUUGGCACACACCUUUCUCACCUCCAAACAUAUUUCUAUCCUGUAGAUAA